UCUCUUCCCUCUCAUCCUCUCCGUUAAAAUCUCUCUUCCCUUACCAAACAGAACCUAAAACGCACCGUUUCCAUACGUGAAGGAAGAAAGCCCCAAGCUCACUGUCACUCCGCUCCUCACACUGCUCAGUUCUUCCUCUCGGCCUCUACUCACUCAGGAUCUUGGCCUAAGCCGUGGGUGCUGGUUGCUCUUUUUGAUUCUCGCUGUUGGUGCUCGUCUCGCGAUCUCUAAUUCUCGGCUUCAGGAACAGAUGACUAUUUUAAUGUCUCUCCGAGGAUUGAAUUAACCAGAAAGAUCACAAAAUCAGUUUUUAAUUUAUUGCUUGCAGGCCUGAGAAGAGAUGCACAAGAAAUUUUCAAAUUGGCUCCUCACAAUAAACAAGCGAUGAUGUUUGAACCCACAGAUUUGGCUAAUUAAUGAAGGUAUUUGUUUGUUUGUACAUGUGGCCUCCUACCAGAACAACAAAAGGAGGAGCUUCAGGUUCUAAGCAUUCUACUUCCAUGGACCUGUCUCUAUCUUCCCUCAUUCAAGGUCACACUGGUGUGUGGUGGCAGCAACCAUCAUCUGGUCACCUUUUUCUCGAUAAAAGGUCUUAACUUUUAGUUCAAAAUGCAACCUUAAUGAAAACAAUAGUCGCUUCCCAACCCAAUUUCUUCCCCUCAUCUCUUACAUUGGAUUGUUCCGAUCCCUUAUAUUGGAAUCUGGACCAAACUAUAUCAACAAAGCCAUGUGUUCAGUUCUUGGUCCUCGUGUUCACAACAUACAUAUGUCUAUUUUAUGCCAUCUUCAACAUUAUUUUCAGUGUCGAGAAGCCAAUUCUUGUCUCAAGUUCAGAAGUUCAUACCAAAAUCUUGGAAGCAACCCACUUGCCAAGUUGAUGAACAAACCAUUCCUGGUUAUGCAUCUAUGAUUGGCUCUCUUCAUGCAUCUCUCAGAGAGUUUGUAAGACAGAAUCAGUUAUCAAAUGCAUUUAAAGUAUUUUAUCAAAUUCAGAGCCAUGCAUCUUCUUCUAAUUCUUUCGAUCUUGUAUUACAUCCCAUUAACUCUCUUCUCUUAUCUUGCAUCAACCUUAAAUCAUUGCCACAAGGUAAGCAACUUCAUGCCCAGAUUAUUUCACUCGGUUUUGAUCAACAACCCAUUGUGGUUCCUCGGCUUAUUACUUUUUAUGCAAAUGUCAAUCUCCUUGCUGAUGCUCACAUUGCCAUUGAAAACACUUGUUGUUUGGACCCUUUACCUUGGAAUUUGCUCAUCUCGUUCUAUGUUAGAAAUGAGCUUUUUUCAGAGGCUAUUUCUGUCUAUAAGAAAAUGAUGAAUAAGCAGGUUAAACCAGACAAUUUCACUUAUCCAUCUGUUCUUAAGGCUUGUGCUGAAGUAUCAGAUUGUGUUAGUGGCAUGGAGGUUCACGAGUCUAUCAAAGCUAGCUCUCUGGAGUGGUGUCUGGUUGUGCACAAUGCAUUGAUCUCCAUGUAUGGUCGGUUUGGGAAAGUGGAGGCUGCCCGUGGUUUGUUUAAUAGUAUGCCCAAUAGAGAUUCUAUUUCAUGGAACACUAUGAUAGGGAUUUAUGCUUCUAGGAAUAUGUGGGGGGAAGCAUUUCAGCUGUUUGAAAGCAUGUGCAAAGAGGAUAUUGAAGUGGGUAUAAUCACAUGGAACACCAUUGCUGGGGCAUGCUUGCGAACGACCAAUUUCAGGAGGUCUCUUCUUUUGAUUUCUCAGAUGAGAACAUCUGUUUGUCAUUUGGACUCUGUGGCAAUGGUUAUUGGAUUAAAUGCAUGCUCUCACAUUGGAGCCCUUAAACUGGGAAAGGAGAUUCAUGGACAUGCAGUCCGAACUUGCUCUGACGUGUUUGAAAACAUAAAAAAUGCAUUAAUUACUAUGUAUUCUAGGUGUAGAGACCUUAGGCAUGCAUAUAUGGUCUUCCAUAAAAUAGAAGGAAAAGGUGUGAUUACUUGGAAUGCCAUGCUUUCUGGAUAUGCUAAUGCCGAUCAGUUUGAAGAAGUGUGCUUCCUUUUCAGAGAGAUGUUCUGUGAGGGGGUUGAACCUAGUUAUGUGACCAUUGCAAGCAUUCUUCCUCUUUGUGCUCGCAUUGCAAACCUACAGCAUGGGAAAGAAUUUCAUUGCUACAUCAUGAAGCGUGAGGACUUUAAGGACCUUUUGUUAUUGUGGAAUGCUCUUGUGGACAUGUAUGCGAGGUCAGGCAAGGUCUUGGAAGCUAGAAGGCUGUUUGAUUCAUUGAAUGCAAGAGAUGAAGUCACAUAUACUUCUAUGAUUGCUGGCUAUGGUAUGAAGGGAGAUGGAGAGACUGCUCUAGAACUAUUUGAAGAUAUGGGCAGGGUUGGGAUUAAACCUGAUAAGAUAACGAUGAUUGCAGUUUUAUCAGCUUGUAGUCACUCAGGCCUUCUAGCCCAAGGAGAAUUGCUGUUUAGUAAGAUGACAGAUGUCUUUGGGGUAAGUCCUUGCUUGGAGCACUAUGCCUGCAUGGUUGAUCUAUUUGGGAGAGCCGGUCUUCUAAACAAAGCAAAGCAAAUUAUAACUGGGAUGCCAUACAAGCCAACUGCUGCCAUGUGGGCCACUCUUUUAGGAGCCUGUAAAACUCAUGGAAAUACAGAGAUGGGGGAAUGGGCUGCAGGGAAAUUGCUAGAGAUGAAGCCUGAUCAUUCAGGUUACUAUGUAUUGAUUGCCAACAUGUAUGCUGCUGCUGGUUGUUGGAGCAAACUAGCAUAUGUGAGGACAUGCAUGAGAGACUUGGGCGUGAGAAAGGCUCCUGGUUGUACUUGGGUUGCUGUUGGCAAUGAGUUUGCCCCCUUUUUGGUUGGGGAUACUUCCAACCCUCAUGCUUCUGCGAUUUAUCCGUUGAUGAGUGGGUUGAAUGAGCUAAUGAAAGAUGCUGGUUAUGUGCGUAGUGAGGAUUUUGCUUCAUCUGAGGAAGAUUUUGAAGAAUUGAAUGCCCUUUGAGGUUCAUAUUGAUGAGGGUUACUUGCUAUUGUGCAUAAAUUUAAGAUAGUUAUUCUUGCACUCUAUGCAGUUUGUUUUACAAGGCUAUCUGCUAUCUGUAAGGCUUGUGAAACCAAAAUUUCCUAAAUUGGUUGCUGGAUCGGGAACUGCUAUUGAAGUUCUGAAUAGCAAAACUCUAAUGUCUAAUGGGAGUCUAGUUCCUAAUAACCAUUUUGCUUUUUUGUUACAUCUAAGCUCAUUACUGUUUGCCUUCAAUAUUACUAGCUAUUAUUCACAUUAUUGGAUUUGAAAUUGUAUGUGCACCUUCUGAGGAUAAAAUGUUUGAAUUUGACUUUGUCAGUAAGCUUUCCCAUGAUUAUCUAUAUACAAUUUAGAUAAA